ACGACAGCUGGCAAAACUGAGUCCGUCAGAACUCAAACAUUUGCCAUUUUGAUAGCUGCGAACUUGAUGGUGCGAGGUACUUCAUCAUCUGUUGAUCGCUAAAUUUUGUUGAAUUAACGUGUCCAACUCGAAUAAUUUGUAAAUCUUUCGGCCCAGAAACAGUUUCUUUGGUCUAUUUUCGCAUUUGUAUGAAGGACACAUCAGACAUUGGAUGAAAGUUAAGGAACUUAACGUUACCAGUUCCUGCUGGAAAGGAUGGUGAUAAUGAUGACGCCUAUGGCUUCGCAUGACAGACAGGACCCCGAUCGGGCCAUGUUUCAAGAAGUCCGGGAUUCAUACCAUGAAACUUUAACGGACCUGGACCGAAACGACAAAUACAGGAUCAACAUGCUGACCAUGUUGGCCGAGGAGAAUUUCCGUUAUGGAGCGGCUGUUGUAGAUGCCAUUGAAAGGCGUAUCGAACAGGUCUCGCCUUCCCUAAAGCUGGUCUUGCUUUAUGUGAUUGAUUCCAUUCUCAAAAACAGUAAAGGAGAUUAUAAGCCGCUUUUCCGGCCGUACUUGGUGAAGAUGUUCACAAGUAUAUUCAAACAGUCGGACGAACGUAUCAGGUCGUCUAUGUAUAAAGUACGUUGUACAUGGAAUCAGUUGUACGAACCGUCGUACCUUCAGUUGCUGGAUGAGAAAGUUAAUGAAAUUGACCCGAAAUGGCCGGUUAUUAUGGCUCCACCAGUUGUACCUCCCGUGGCCAAACUUCAGGUCAUCGAAAAUUCCUCUCCAGCUGUUGUUGUUAACGGUGUACCGGCGCCUGCCAGCGCGGUCCCGGCUCCGGUGCCGACAAGAUCAAUAACACCCCCUUUAAUGAAACCAAGCCCAUUCCACACCUGCCAUGGUGAAGCCGUACGUAACGAUACCGGCCGCGUUCCCAGUAUGGAGUCUCCGCAAAGUUCUCAGUCCUCAGACGGAUCCGAAUCACCUGAAAAGGCGGCGAAACCUUCGGCACCUGCUCCCCCACAGCCCUCCGCCCUGAAAAAUCUCCCACGCAUUCCGAAGAAGCCCGGUGUUAAGGACAGCAUGAAUACGGAUGUCGCUCGACCGGCGCCGCGCGGGGCCAUCCCGAGCCCGGCUGGGCUGGCCGCACGUGGGCGAAGAGGGCGUGGUGCUUCUCAGCCCGUUGUUGUGAAUAAGGAGAAACGUUCUCUGGACCAGGCCAAUAACGGAUCAACGGAUGGAGUGCCGCCGAAAAUCAAAAUCCCGAAAAUCAUUCACAGUCAAAGAGACGCAUCGGAACCACAAGAGAAUCACGAGAACUUCGCUGAUGGACCCACAGCAGCGCCACUUAUUCCCCGUCCUGGGACCCGCGGUGCUCCCCGCAUGGUCAUGCGUCCCCGGGGAGAGCUUCGCGGUGCACGCGGCGGUCGCCCUCCAUAUGCUCAUCCAACGCGGCCGCACUUCGAGCGACCAGAGACCGGAUGGCGCGGACAUCACCCUGAUAACCGCAUGACGCAGCCGCAUCAUCUGGACGUGCCCAUUCGGCCGCCGGUGGGACCGCUACUGCCCACACCGCGACCCACAGAGUCUGACGUAUACGACUCGGAGAAAACGGAGAUCGAGGGAAAGUUACAGCGGGGACAUAUCAAUUUUCAAGACUACCAGAAGUUACUGGUAAAGUUAAAAGAAGACCACGAGCUGCGCUCGUUAAAGAACGCCAUUAGCCGCUCACUGCCGGGACCUCAUCCUACUGAUCUACCAAGUGCUAGUAAUAAUGAUUUUAUAUGUCUCGGUGACAAUAAUGAACUGUAUGAGGUGCGGUGGUUUCGUGGCCGCACGGUUGUGAUAAUGAAUGGGUUAGUUUUUGAUAUCAGUUUUAAAGGGAAUGACGUUCUUUUUAUACUUGAUAAUCACGUGUCAACCGCCAUACCCUGUCAGUUGAAUGAACCGAAGCGAUUAUUUUUUGGUACUGGAUGGCAUACAAUAAAAUUGGGUGGUCCGAACUUUCAAUUGGUAAUAGACGGUGUACCAUUUCGUGUUGAGUUCACGCCAGAGCCAGUAGCAAUUACUGUUGAUCACCAACAACACUGGGUACGGCUGCAAUCUCAAGAAAUGGGAGGACGUCCGCCCAUAGUGGACAUUGGGUCAAUCCCAUUAAAUGAUGAAGUUUUCGGUGGAGGGGUAUCCGAAGAAGAGAAAACGAAAGAGCCGAUGCCAGAUAUCGCCAAAAUUCUGGCAGUUAUUGCGCAGUUGUCUAACGCACCAGCCGCGAUAGCAGCAGCACCGGAAACUCAGCCACCGACGCCUCCUCAGCCUUCCAGUUCCGAUAGUUCAAUGGAAAAGCCGAAAUCACCGGAAGCUUUUGACUUCGAGAUCUCGUCCGACUCGAUUGCUGGCGUAUUGAGAAGCAAUAUGUCGAAAUCAGAGUUUGUUCGGCUACCUCUGCAGGAAAACGUGGUUGACCUGAAAAACUGGAACGAAACCGGCGAGAUGAACGAACGUUUUAACCAGUAUUAUCUGCCAACACUCGAAAAACUUGGACUGAAACUGAGCAGAAAUGGGUGUUGUGGACUGCGUUUUAUGGCGUCAGAAAGUGAAGCCGCGAAAUGGGAUCUGCUGAUCCAUGAUGGAUGGAAUAAAAAGGACCAGGUUGACACUGGAGAUUGGGAUAUUGACGAAAAUGCAUUUGUCCACGACAAGGCCUUCUUCGAAUCUGAUGAUAAAGUUAUAGAGAGCAUGUUUAAGGAUUUUGUAAGAUCACGUCUGCCCGAAAAGGCUAACGAAAUUCUGGAAAUACCGGAAAUUCCCGCGGUCACUGAUGAUGCGACGGUAGUUGUUGCCGAAAGUGUCGACGACAAUAUCGAAUUAAACCCCGUUGCGAAAUCGAGAAUAAAGGUUAAUUGUGAUCUUUGCUUGGAGCAACUGCAUGAUGAAUAUGUGGAUGAAGACGAGGAAUUCAUUUUCAAGGACUGUGUCCGAGUGAAAAAUCCUUUAGAUGGAACAGAAAAGAUUUUUCAUCGAGAGUGUUACGAGGAAAGUAAGCGAAAAUCCGAAGAAGACACCGUCGUCAUUUCUAAACCAAGCAGGUGGAAGACUGGUGUAAUAACGGAGCAGACCCCAGUAAAGGCGGACAGUGUGCAAUCUGGACCGUUACCGAAGUCCAAGUCUGGAACCGCAAUUUCCGAGAUAUCGAAGACGAAGGCGGAAUCGGUCCAGUCUACCUUAAAUGAUUUGGAAGAAAAGUUUGUGAUUAUGUUUGAGGAUGAUGAUGAAGAUGAAGGAGAGGAAUCACAGGAUCCGGAAGAGAAUACCGAGUAACUUUAGUUUAGUCAUAAGUGUUUUGUUGUCAGGAUUGGGAUUGGUAGUUAAUAUAAUUGACCUCUUGAUGCUGGAUACCUUUGAUAUUGUACUUUGUAUUUCCUUGCUACCUUUUCAUUUGAACAUUUCCGCGGACCAGAAAUUUCACUAUGAUACUGAUGGACUCAGGGCGAUUGUCUUUGUAUUCAUGGUGGUUUACGUUCAUUUGGUGAGAUGACGCAGUUGCAGGCCUUAUUUGUUUUAGAGAGGAUUUAUUCGAUAUUUCAUUUGGAAAUUAAAGUUUCGGUUGUUGCAGAA